GUUUGGGCGGAUUUUUGUGGUGGCAAACGGAGAAAGACGCAAGUGCGAUGAAGACCUUUACCAAGCUGAUCACUGUCGGUGGCCUCGUCGUCGCGGGCGUCGCUGUCACCACGGGCCCGCUCGCCGAGUGGAACUCGCGCCGCGAAGGCCUCCAAUAUUUGCAGAACAUUGAGAAGAACGCCAAGAAGGCCCAGCACUAAGCCAGCGCCGCGAGCCUCCAUGUGUCCAAAUGAACGGAAUGAUGCUUUGUGCAGUCUUGCGCCAUAGCCAGGAUGAGGCUUUGGACGACGUGGAUGCAGCAUCGAACGCAGGGACAGGCCCAAGCGCACUAGUCUUGUGCGCGGCUGCGUUGGUAGGCAUCAUGACGUAGCGUGCCACGAGAUGCCAUGAAGCCGCACCCUGCAAUUAUACUCUGCAGCAUGUC